GGACUGUUUACAAAGUUGCAACACAGGAAGUUUGCUUUGACAGCGACAAGCAUAAUGUGUUGGUGUGUUUGGUAGUAAACAGUUAGCUUUGCGUCUGAAAUUUCUUUUACUAAAAUUCUUUAUUCAUAUUUAUCUCCUUACAUUGAUGAUUAAACUGAAACGAAAAUGUUCGCGGGGCUGCCUGAGCUCGGAAUAUCCAACGGGGAAGAUCUCAAAGAAACUCUCACCAACUGCACAGAGCCUCUGAAAGCCAUUGAUCAGUUUCAGAUGGAAAAUGGCAUCCUGCUGCCGACUCUCCAAUCUGCUCUCCCUUUCCUCGACCUCCAUGGAACGCCUCGGCUGGAAUUCCACCAGUCUGUCUUUGACGAGCUUCGAGAAAAGCUGAUGGAGAGAGUGGCCAUCAUCGCAGAGGGCAAGGAUGAGGACAGAUAUGGGAAGCUUGAAGAGCUGCUGGAGAAGAGCUUUCCACUAGUCAAAAUGCCGUCCAUUCAGCCAGUGGUAAUGCAGGUGCUGAAGCAUCUCCCCAAGGUGCCAGAGAAGAAACUGAAGACGGUCAUGGCUGACAAGGAGCUAUACAAGGUGUGUUCUGUGGAGGUGAAAAGGCAGAUCUGGCAGGAUAACCAGGCUCUGUUUGGAGAUGAAGUGUCACCCCUCCUCAAGCAGUACAUUGUGGAAAAGGAAGCUGCUCUGUUUAGCAGCGACCUCUCCAUCCUGCACAAUUUCUUCAGCCCAUCUCCCAAAACACGACGCCAAGGCGAGGUGGUCCUAAAGCUGACCCAGAUGAUUGGAAAGAAUGUGAAGUUGUACGACAUGGUGCUGCAGUUUUUACGAACACUCUUCUUACGAACGCGAAACGUCCACUACUGUACACUGAGAGCAGAGCUGCUGAUGUCUCUGCAUGACUUGGACAUCAGUGAGAUCUGUUCUGUAGACCCCUGCCAUAAGUUCACUUGGUGUUUAGACGCUUGCAUCCGGGAGAAGUUUGUGGAUGGCAAACGAGCCAGAGAGCUUCAAGGUUUCCUGGAUGGAGUGAAGAAAGGACAAGAGCAAGUCCUCGGGGACCUGUCCAUGAUCCUGUGUGACCCAUUUGCCUGUAACACCCUGGUCCUGAGUAUCAUGAGGAACCUGCAAGAGCUGCUAAGUCAGGAAUCUUUACCCAGGGACAGUCCAGACCUAAUGCUGCUGCUGAGGAUGCUGUCACUGGGUCAAGGAGCAUGGGACAUGAUUGACAGCCAGGUCUUUAAAGAGCCUCGUUUGGAUUUGGAGGUAGUGACCCGCUUCCUGCCUGCCAUGAUGUCAGUGGUUGUUGAUGAUCAUACCUUCACUGUAGAACAGAAGCUUCCCAGUGAGGAGAAGAGCUCACUGUCAUAUCCCACCACCCUGCCGGAUGCCUUCAACAGGUACCUGCAGGAGAACAGAGUGGCCUGUGAAAUGGGUCUCUACUACGUCCUCCACAUUGCAAAACUGAGGAACAAAAAUGCCUUACAGAGAUUACUGCCUGCUCUGGUGGAGACCUACAAUGACAUGGCCUUUGGCGACAUCUUCCUGCACCUGCUGACCGGACACCUCACCCUGCUCUCCGAUGAGUUUGGUUCUGAAGAGUUCUGUUCAGUCGUCUUUGAUGGCUUCCUCCUCACUUCUUUUUCCAGUAAAGAGAAUGUCCAUAGACACACCCUUCGAAUGCUGCUGCAUCUGCAGCACAAAGUGCUUCCAUCGUACAUGGAAACCUUGAUGAAAACUCUCGAACCUCCAAAACAGUGCAGUGAGCAGGUGAAGGAGCUGUACACGCAGCUGAUGGAGAAGCUGGAGGCUCAGAAGAAGAGCCCUCCACCACCAGAUGAAACUCCGUCCCUGGAUCUAGGCCUGCAUCCGGUGACUGUCCCCACCACCGCCUCCACACCAACCACGUCUCUCUGAGACCAGCAGAAAUGAAGACAAAAACAGAAUUCUUAAUCAGAGACUGACUAUAAACACAGCCAUCAGAUGGCUUACAUUUUCAAAAAGACUGGACAUUUUACAUUAUUGUUUGUUGUAUGAUUUUUUUCAUGGGGGUUUAGUUUCUUUAGAUGUUUGUCCCAGAGAGGGUCUUCCAGCUCUGACAAUGGGGUCCAGUGGUCAGCUAUUUUUCUUCAGGGGGGAUCAUACUUUUGUAAGCGUUGUGCUCUCACAUUAUUGUCCAAAUAGACAAUAUUUUCAUAUGUAAUCAGGCUAUCAGUAUGUUACAUCUGAUUUGUGUCAGUAGUGUAAGAAACAUGUAAAUAAAUGAUUAUUAGAACUAUAGAGAGCAGUUAUUGUGUUUCAGGUUGGUAGGUUAGGUUACUAGAUGCAGCACCACAUCCUAUACAACACUGCAACACCUCUGUACACUCACUUGGCUAAAAUGGAAAUAAAGUCUGUUGUCUGUAGACCUCA